AUGGACACCCAGUUGGGUGACAUUCCCCCCUCGCCUGCCGGCCCGGACGAACUCGCUAACGGCAAGCGACGAUGGCGCCGCAAUCGGAUCGCCUGCGACUCAUGCCACGCCCGUCGCGUCCGUUGUGACCGGGCUUUCCCCUGCUCCCGAUGCCUACGAAGUGAAAUUCACUGCCAAUUCACCCGCGAGCGCCGGAAAAGAGGGCGUAUUGCACGAUCCAAGUUGCCAGCCACGGACACGGCGGAGAAUACGAGAGACCGAGCCCCCGAGAAAGAGACAAAUGGAGAGGAUGGCCUGCAGGUGGCUUUGUCACCGCUGCAGCAGAGCUCUCCUACCUCCACAUUCCAUCACCGGUCGCCGGCCACUAACGAGGCCAGCGUCCUCUCCGCGCCGAGCGCCGAUGGCCGCCGCCACUCUGCAGCGGAUGGGUCGCGGCACCGAGCAGGCCCAGGGGCGAACAAUGCCACUGAAGAAUGGUUGUCUGCAGCGCACCUGUCGCCCGAGUCCUAUGAAGCCCUUGGGGGUACGGGCGGAGGCGAUGGACCUCUCCCCCGGUUGCUAGAUAUUUGGAACCCAGUCGACCUGGCCGGUCACCGUCCCCAAACGGUGCCGGCGCCGAUGCCUUCCGUGGCAAGGCCGAGUCUUUCCAAUCGAGGACAGAUUCCAGGUCCAGCAAGAUCUUCAUUGAAAUACCCAGUGCUGGAGCCCGUGAUGCCGUUCAUAGAAUCGAAUCUCCCUCGUCGACUGGUGUGCGACCUGUUGGAGCUAUAUUUUACCAGUGCCUUUUCGACCCACAUGCACCCGGUGUGCCAUCACAUUCAUUGCUACCUCCUGCGAAAAGGUUCUUUUCUCAGUCCGGACCGGCCACGUCCCAGCAGCCCAGCGCUCUUGGCGAGUAUGUUGUGGGUGGCGGCUGUAGACGACAGAGCCUUUUCCUUGUCCAUCUCGCCGCUACAGCGCCGCAAAAUUUGCCAAUUUCUCUGUGCUCUGACGAUUCGCUUGCUACGACCCUUGAUUCAUGUCUCGUUCAAAGAUCAGGAACCACCCACGGCGGGUGAGAACGGCCAUGCAACCGCCGCUCAGGAAGCUUCGGCACAUCACCCAUUUGAAGGAGUGGGCGAUGACAAAGGUCUGGUCGGACCCGCUGGCUCGCUGGACGAUGUAGUCACAUACAUCCAUGUCGCAUCCAUUAUUUCCUCCAGUGAACAAAAGGCCGCCAGUAUGCGAUGGUUCGUUGAUCUUUCAUCUUUUGACUUUCGCUACCAUACUGACUUCGGUUUAGGUGGCAUGCUGCAUUUACACUAG